CUUCCGGGUCGCGCAACUGAAACGUCGUGCGAACGGCGCGACUAAACAGAAAGUUUCUGAGAAAACUAAGCGGGUAGAGUACUUUUAUGAUCUCUUAAACUAGAUUGCAGCUCUUUGGGAAUUAAAUCACACGCGGCGAGGCGAAGGACACAGGCAGAAUCGUCAGCUCUGAGUAGACGAUGUCUCUUCCUAAGCGGGAGGUGGAGGAGUUGAGGCCAUGGGUGGAGCGCACUGUGAAGAAGGUGCUGGGCUUCUCAGAGCCGACUGUUGUCACUGCAGCUCUGCACUGCGUGGGAAAAGGCCUUGACAAAAGGAGAACCAUAGACCAGCUACGCCCCUUCCUCGAUGAGUCUGCUGGAGGUUUUGUGGAGCGUCUUUUUGAGGCGGUGGAGGAGAGCCGCAAUGCCAGAGGCAAUAAAGGAGCUGGGGAGAAGAACCGCAAGAGAGAACUGAAGGAUGUGUUUGGUGAAGAGCCUGAAACAGGUGGACUGCGAGAGGCUCCGGAGGUGGGAGACGGGACGGCGGUAAAGCGGAAACGGGUCCCUCGCUUUGAGGAGGUGGAGGAGCCUGAGGUCAUACCAGGACCUCCCUCUGAGAGCCCUGGGAUGCUCACCAAGAUGCAGAUCAAACAGAUGAUGGAGGCAGCCACCAAACAGAUAGAGGAGAGGAAGAAACAACUGAGCUUUGCAUCAUCAGUCCCUGCUCCACCACGGUUGCCCCUUCCAACACCACAGCCCCAACUGGAGCCCCCUGCAGUUUCCAGGCUUCUCCCCACUCCUUCUGCUCCCUCUGCAGGUGGAGCCCCAUCCAUUGCCCCCUCUCAGGCCGCCACCUUCAUGAAUGAUGCCAUAGAGAAGGCCCGCAAAGCAGCUGAGCUGCAGGCUCGCAUCCAGUCCCAGUUAGCCAUGAAGCCUGGUAUACUGGGAGCAUUGGGGAACACUGGGCCUCACAAUCUCGUGGCACUAGCUAAUCUGCAUGCCAUGGGUAUUGCACCACCGAAAGUGGAAGUUAAGGAGGUGAAUAAACCAACACCUCUGAUUCUGGAUGAGAUGGGAAGAACUGUGGAUGCUACUGGCAAAGAGGUUGAGCUCACACACCGUAUGCCCACACUAAAAGCUAACAUUCGUGCUGUAAAGAGAGAGCAGUUCCGUCAACAGCUGAAAGAGAAGCCCGGAGAGGACCUGGAGUCUACUUCCUACUUCGACCAGCGUGUCUUCAUCACUCCAGCCCAGCGCCCUCGCAGGAGCUUUAAAUUCCAUGAACAGGGGCGCUUUGAGAAGAUUGCACAGAGAAUCCGAACUAAGGCCCAGCUGGAAAAAUUGCAGACUGAGAUUGCCCAGGCAGCAAAGAAGACUGGCAUCCAGGCAUCUACCAAGCUGGCCCUCAUUGCCCCAAAGAAGGAUCUGGGAGAGGGGGAUGUGCCCAUCAUUGAAUGGUGGGACUCAUACGUCCUGCCCUCCAACAUAGUCUUAACCCCAGAGGAAAAAUUUGAUGAUGUGGAGUUCUUUGGAGUGACUAAUUUAGUAGAACAUCCUGCCCAGAUUAGCCCUCCAGUGGACACGGAUAAGCCAGUGACACUGGGUGUAUACCUGACAAAGAAGGAACAGAAGAAGCUGAGGAGACAGACGCGUAGGGAGGCCCAAAAAGAAUUGCAGGAGAAAGUCCGUCUGGGACUCAUGCCUCCGCCAGAGCCCAAAGUUCGCAUCUCCAAUCUGAUGAGAGUGCUGGGAACAGAGGCGGUUCAGGACCCCACCAAGGUAGAAGCCCAUGUCAGAGCCCAGAUGGCAAAGAGACAGAAGGCUCAUGAGGAGGCAAAUGCCGCCCGCAAGCUCACAGCAGAACAGAGAAAAGAGAAGAAGGUCAAGAAGUUAAAAGAAGACCUCACUCACGGCGUUCAUAUUGCCGUGUACAGGAUCCGUAACUUGCACAAUCCUGCUAAGAAGUUUAAAGUGGAGGCCAACGCCAACCAGCUGUACCUGACCGGCACAGUGGUUCUGCACAAAGAUGUCAACAUUGUGGUGGUGGAAGGAGGCCCCAAAUCGCAGAAAAAGUUCAAGAAGCUGAUGAUGCACAGAAUCAAAUGGGAGGAACAUAACACUAAAAGAGAUGAUCCAGAUGGGGAUGACGAUACAAAGAGGAACAACAAGUGCUGGUUGAUCUGGGAGGGCACAGCUAAGGAGCGCAGUUUUGGGGAUAUGAAGUUCAAGCAGUGCCCCACAGAGAACAUGGCAAGGGAACACUUCAAAAAGCAUGGCACAGAACAUUAUUGGGAUCUAGCGCUUAGUCAAAGUGUGUUGGAGACCACUGAUGACUGAGACAUGCCAGCAGAGCACCAACAGGUGUUGGUGAAGGCUUGGUCACCUCCCCCUCCGAUAAGUGUCAGAUCCACAGCUGCACAGCCAACUGGACCUGUUUGUCUGGCCUGUUUCAAAUGGGGACAUACAAACUUCAAGAGACUUAAAUACAUUACAAGGAGGGAAUAUUAACCGGUGUGACUGUUUCCACAAAAACGAGUGACUGAUCAAGGUGUUUGCAAGAGAGUGCGUGCAUGUGUGUACUUGUAUGCCUGCAUCAGUGUUCAUCUCCCUUGUUGGUAGGGUAGUUCAUUUUCCAGUCUGUCAAAUGCUUUGUGUCCAUUAUUGAAUACUCUAGCUGACAGAUUCUACUUGGUUAUGUAAAUGACUUACCUAGGCUUUACCUGAUGAAAGCUGGAGUCUGUAUUGAAAUGUUGCUCCCAUGUACACAGUGAUGAUAACCUGUUUGAGUCAAUAAGAGUCAAGACCCUCCCCCAUGUCAGUGUGGUAACAAAUGACCAAAACUCCUAAAGCAAACCUCAUGGGAUAUUUGGUUAUAUUGCCACGACAAUUGUCUUGUAUUCGCCAUAGUUUGAUUACAGAGACUGGAGAGAAUUUAUUAAUCUAAAGCUAAAUGUUUCAGAGGUUUUCUAUCGAGAGGAUCGACUCAUUUUGAACCACUUAUGACCCUCUGUGUAUACUUUCACGUCACCAAUAAACGGAUACAGAACCAUUUUUACAGA